AUGCGACUGUCGAUUCGACGAGGACUCACUCUUCUACUGUGUCUGUUUGGAGUGUAUGCUGCCUUAAAGACACUUUAUUUCAUUGUCAUGUGCAGACAUUCUUAUGCCCAAAGAGUGUUUGUUCAAGUUAAGGGCAGGAAUCAGACCCUAUACAGCUACAGCCAGGACUCACCAGUGGUGUUUGUGGGAGGAGUGCCACGCUCAGGCACCACACUGAUGCGUGCCAUGCUUGAUGCUCACCCAGAUAUUCGCUGUGGGGAGGAGACACGGGUUAUCCCUAGGCUGCUAUCUCUGCGGCAGGAAUGGAGAAAAUGGCGUGAUGAUCGCUGGAACUUAGAUAAAGAGGAGGUCACCCAGGAGACAUUAGAUUCGGCCACUGCUGCAUUCCUACUUGAGAUCAUAGCCCGUCAUGGUGAGCCUGCACCACUGCUCUGCAAUAAGGAUCCCUUUACACUGAAGAGCUCUAUGUACCUCUCCAAAAUCUUUCCCAACUCAAAAUUUCUUCUGAUGCUGCGUGAUGGCCGGGCUUCUGUGCACUCCAUGAUCUCCAGACGAGUGACCAUUGCUGGCUUUGACCUCACAAGCUACAGGGAUUGCCUUAGGAAGUGGAGUCAUGCCAUAGAGGCUAUGGUGUUUCAGUGUACACUGGUAGGGCCUACACGAUGUCUGAGUAUUCGCUAUGAAGAUUUGGUCCUGCAACCACGCACCACAAUGGCUAGAGUGCUGCACUUUCUGAGUGUGCCAUGGCAUGAGGGGGUUCUUCACCACGAGGAGGCAAUUGGGCAACCUGGAGGAGUUUCUUUAUCUCGAACUGAGCGAUCAACUGACCAGGUUAUCAAACCAGUUAACCUAGAGGCACUUACUCGAUGGGUAGGCCACAUUCCAGUUGAUGUUUUGAGGGACAUGGAAAAUAUUGCUCCCAUGCUAAGUCGGCUGGGCUACAGCCCAAAUGCCAAUCCACCAGACUAUGGCAAACCAGAUCCUGAAGUGAUUAAUAACACAGAGAGGGUGCUGAAAGGUGAUUUUAAACCUCCAGCUAGUUUGAAAAGGCCAUCAGAAGAUAAUAAGUUUUAAGCAAGUAAAAAUCUUUGGUUGCUUUCUUAAUAUACUUUGUUCUUUUGAUGUAAUUUAUUCAAAUAGUAAAG